CUUUAUUUUUUUUUGCAGGACACACACAAACGUGGGGCAUGCCAGUGACAGUUCCAUUUUUGACAGGAAAUAAGCAGCUCUCUAUUGAACUUGCAGAACCCGUCGUAUAUCUUCGUGGACCCCCCAGCAACCCAGCAACACAUGUCCUAAGGGGUGAGAUUGUCUUGGUCCUGUCAAAACCCAUUUCGGCAUCGUCUGUAGUUGUCAAGAUCACCGGCAAAUCGCACAUGCUAUGGCCCGAAGGCAUCGGCUCUCGCGGAACAAAAAUGUUCCAUGAAAAAACGGUCCAUGAACAAAACAUUAUUCUAGAAUCCUGGGACCACCAGGAGAAUCACUACGACAAAACCAUUAAUGCUGGAUUACAUCGCUGGCCGUUUGAAUUCCUUUUGCCGAACCGUUUGACCGAGACGAUCGAAGACGAUCUAGCCAAAGUGUUCUACUACGUAUCUGUCACAGUCCAUCGACCGGGCCUGAGCGUACCCAACCUGAAAAGUCGGCGUGAGAUUUUGCUGUUGCGGACAAUGACAACAUACGAUUCCGCGCUGGCUUCCCACAAUUUACCGACAACUUCGAUCAACGUGGAGCGACAACUGGAAUAUUGUGAAGCCCACGUGUGCGUCGAGACUGCGAUUGUGUCGUCCGGUACACAGUUUCCCAUUACGCUGACGCUUACACCACAUACGAAAAACGACGUUUCGCUCGAAUCGUUCAACGUGAUAGCAAGUGAACAGCGGAUAUACCGUCUCCCGGAAUAUGGUGCUCGUCGAGCUGAGAUGUUCGACUUUAAACUCAAGCUCAGCUCAGUCUCCAAUACAAAUGAUCCCAGCCUAAGACAUGUCGUCAAGGAGGUACCGCCCGCUCAGCUUAAACGCGCAUUGACGACGAAAAAUGCACAUAUUCCAUUACCGUUCUCGUAUCGUUUUGUGCUGAAACUACCCAACUGCGUCGACGGUAUGAACCAUUCGACGUUCUUCAACGAGAUCGAGCUGAGGCACUGUCUCAAAAUAUCAAUCGAGUUGUCGGUCCCAGAUCAGCCCGAAAGAUCGAUUAUCAAUCUUGAAUUGCCAUUUACGAUUCUAGACUGUCGGCUCAAGGAGGAUUAUGCUGUACUCCCAACCUAUGAAGAAGCGCUCACGGGUGAGCCUGCCACCGAUGACUCAACACCAGCCGGGUUCUUUGCUUGUCCGUGCUACCUGGACUACAAGAAAAAACGCCGCUGUAUUAGACAGGAUUGGAUGAUGUUUCGCCAGCAAAGUGCUGCUAGUGCAAACGAUGAUAGUUCUCCACCACCUCCCCCUUACUAUGAAAAGUAAUCUUGACAGUAUCUCAUUUUGUAAAUAAUCCCCAUUAUCGGCACGCUAUACCACCCAUGUAAUUUGUUUCCUUUUGUUUUGAUCUUUUAGAAAAUCUCUCUUUUAUGUAAUAAUACCUAAUAAGCAUCGUAUCAUAC